AUGUCCAAUAAUGACUCGGGUCCGCCGGCUAAGCGGCAGAAGAAUGCCUCGAAUAUUCCACCGUCGUUCCGCGAUGCCAAACGCAAAGACAUUGACAACUGGGAAACCAAUCGUAUGCUUACAUCUGGUGUCGCGCAAAGGAGAGACUAUGGCAACGACUUCAGGCCCGAAGAUGAAGAAGCGACUCGAGUUCAUCUGCUGGUCCACGACCUCCGACCACCGUUCCUCGAUGGCCGCACCAUCUUCACAAAGCAACUAGAGCCGAUAUCAGCUAUUCGAGACCCUCAAAGCGACAUGGCCGUCUUUAGUCGGAAGGGAAGCAAAGUUGUUCGCGACCGCCGGCAGCAACGUGAGCGACAAAAGCAGGCCCAGGAGGCUACAAACAUGGCCGGUACAGCUUUGGGUAACCUGAUGGGAGUCAAGGAGGACGAAGGCGAUAGCGCUGUGGCUGCGCCUGUGGAGGAUGUUUAUAAAAGUGGUGGUAAUAAGUUCUCCAAACACUUGAAAAAAGAGGAAGGUGGUGCUAGCGCGUUCAGCAAGAGCAAGACUUUGCGCGAGCAAAGAGAGUUCCUCCCUGCUUUUGCGGUGCGCGAGGACUUGUUGAGAGUCAUUCGGGAUAACCAAGUCGUCGUGGUUGUCGGUGAGACUGGCUCGGGAAAGACAACCCAGUUGACCCAGUUCCUACACGAAGAUGGUUACUCAAAGUUUGGCAUGAUUGGCUGUACACAGCCUCGACGUGUUGCUGCCAUGAGUGUCGCAAAGCGUGUUAGCGAGGAGAUGGAGGUAGAUCUCGGCGAUGAGGUUGGUUACGCGAUUCGUUUCGAAGAUUGCACCAGUAGUAAGACUAUGAUUAAGUAUAUGACGGAUGGUGUUUUAUUGCGAGAGUCUCUCGUUCAAACCGAUCUUGAUAAAUACUCUUGCAUCAUCAUGGACGAGGCGCACGAGAGAGCUUUGAAUACCGACGUCUUGAUGGGUCUUCUCAAAAAGGUUCUCGCUCGCCGACGGGACCUCAAGCUGAUCGUUACCUCGGCCACUAUGAACUCGGACCGCUUCUCACGUUUCUAUGGCGGUGCCCCCGAAUUCAUCAUCCCCGGAAGAACAUUCCCAGUCGAUCUUCACUUCUCGCGUACCCCUUGUGAGGAUUAUGUCGAUAGUGCGGUCAAGCAGGUCUUGGCCAUUCACGUCUCGCAAGGUGCCGGCGACAUUCUUGUUUUCAUGACCGGACAAGAGGAUAUUGAGGCUACUUGCGACUUGGUUGACGAACGAUUGAAAUUGCUUAAUGAUCCACCAAAGCUUAGCAUUCUGCCGAUUUACAGUCAGAUGCCAGCUGAGCAGCAAGCAAAAAUCUUUGAAAGGGCAGACGCUGGCGUGCGCAAGGUUAUCGUUGCCACGAAUAUUGCCGAAACCAGUUUGACAGUGGACGGUAUCAUGUACGUUGUGGAUGCAGGCUACUCUAAACUCAAGGUGUACAACCCGCGCAUGGGUAUGGACACGCUUCAAAUCACGCCAAUCUCCCAGGCCAAUGCGAACCAGCGAUCAGGUCGGGCUGGACGAACCGGUCCUGGAAAGGCUUAUCGACUGUACACCGAGCCUGCCUAUAAGAAUGAGCUCUAUAUACAAACAAUUCCCGAGAUUCAACGAACGAGUCUUGCGAACACAGUGCUCUUACUGAAGUCGUUAGGGGUCAAGGAUCUUCUCGAUUUCGAUUUCAUGGAUCCUCCACCCCAGGAGACCAUUAGCACAUCUCUUUUCGAGCUUUGGUCCUUAGGAGCACUUGACAAUCUAGGUGAACUCACUCAUCUAGGUCGCCAAAUGACGCCAUUCCCUAUGGAUCCCCCUCUGGCCAAACUGCUCAUCAUGGCAUCAGAAGAAUACGGAUGCAGUGAAGAAAUGCUCACUAUCGUUUCUAUGCUCUCCGUCCCCAACGUCUUCUAUCGACCAAAGGAACGACAAGAAGAAUCCGAUUCCGCCCGCGAAAAAUUCUUCGUUCCCGAAUCGGAUCACUUAACCCUUCUCCACGUCUACACUCAAUGGAAGUCCAACGGAUUUUCAGACGCGUGGUGCACCAGGCACUUCCUCCACGCGAAGACUCUGCGCCGCGCCAAGGAAGUUCGCGACCAGCUUCACGACAUCAUGACCGUUCAAAAAAUGAGCCUCGUUAGCUGCGGAACAGACUGGGACCUUAUCCGCAAAUGUAUCUGCUCUGGCUUCUACCACCAAGCCGCACGCGUCAAGGGUAUUGGCGAGUUCAUCAACCUUCGCACCAGCGUUACCAUGGCCCUGCACCCUACCAGUGCCCUGUAUGGCCUGGGCUACGUUCCCGAGUAUGUCGUGUAUCACGAGCUCAUUCUGACCGCUAAGGAGUACAUGUCUACCGUGACAGCUGUAGACCCUCAUUGGCUCGCUGAACUCGGUGGCGUCUUCUACUCCGUAAAGGAGAAGGGAUACUCACAGCGUGAACGCCGGGUGACAGAGCUAGAAUUCAACAAGCGCAUGGAAAUCGAAUCCCAGAUGGCAGUGGAUCGUGAACGCGCCGCAGCAGAUAAAAUCCGCGAAGAAGAGCGUAGCGAUCCCAAGCGACGCAUUAAGGAAUUUGAAGCUGGCGGUGGAUCUGCCGUCCGCAGACCCGUUAUCAAGGGCAGCAAAAAGAUUGGCGGAGUGACUGCCUCGUCUUCUUCUCGGCCGGGUGCAAAUGGUGGCGGCAGUGGAGGCAGUGUGGUCAAGAAACCUGUCAUUCCGCGACGCCCGGGACGUCAGUUCUAA